CGUAUCGAGACAGAUGUCAUGAAACUGUAAAGACCACCUGCCUCAAGGUGACUCGCACCCUCACUGAUGUAACGAUUCACAAUCCAGGCUCAUGUCGGAUUACGAGGUAACCCUCGUCAACGACAACAUGCGCGAGUUCUACGUCCGCUUCUAUGGUCCGGGAGAAACACCCUUCGCGGGUGGUAUAUGGAAGAUUCAUGUAGAGUUGCAAGCGGAGUAUCCAUACAAGUCGCCAAGCAUAGGCUUUAUGAACAAGAUCUUUCAUCCCAACAUAGAUGAGUUGAGUGGCUCCGUAUGUCUGGACGUUAUUAAUCAGACGUGGUCGCCAAUGUUCGAUAUGAUCAACAUUUUCGAGGUGUUCUUGCCACAACUGCUGCGGUACCCUAAUCCUAACGAUCCACUAAACGGAGAAGCUGCUGCGCUCAUGAUGCGACACCCAAAGGAAUACGAGGCAAAGGUCAAGGAGUACGUACAACGUUUCGCAACAAAGGAUAUUAUGGAUGCCGCAGAAGACGGCAAUGAAGACGAAGCAGACGAGGAGAUGAGUGACAUCGGCAGCAUCAGUGAGGAUGAAGAGCAAGAAUCCUGAUACCUCUUUCGCCGGCAUGCCUUUCUCCCGCAUUUUUCAUCACUGGGUUUCUGCACAUCACUCAGUUUCCACACAUCACUCAUAUCAUUUUACAUAACAUAUCCAUUCUGUACUUCACCUAACCUUGCUCAAUUCUGUCUUGUUAUCUGCCAUCAUCAUUCAAUUCGUCCUUUCGCGGGGAUACCCUCUUCGCUCGUCUUUUUGAUAUUUGAUGACCUCUAUCCCUAUCACCUCUGGACAAUGGUUGGAAACAUCUCAUCCCUUUUGCCGUGUUGUAUAAUUAGGGAUUGUGUAGUGCCAACUUCACUGUGUGUCAUAAUGUAUUUUGCUUAGACAACCGCGGGACUGAUGAGAGGUAUUCGGUAACUCGGGAGUGGAUUCGGCAAGCAAUAUUCAAGUAG